GCCCGGAGCCCGUCCAGCGCCGGGCGCCGAAGCCCGCAUCCCGCAUCCCGCAUCCCGCGUCCCGCAUCCCGCGUUCCCCCACGGCCGCCGGGAUGCUCCUCAGCUUCCGCAGGAGCCGCCGCCGCCGUCAGUUCAAUAAUAUCAUCCAUGGCUUCCUGCCAGCCGCCAGCAUCGCUCCGAAGCCAGCUGUGCCGCGUACGCCUCCUCCCCGAAGCCCCAACCCAUCUCCAGAGAGACCCAGGUCCGCUCUGGCCGCGGUCAUCCUGGCAACCACGCUGACUGGGCAGACAGUCGCCAUUCCCCAGCCCCGCCCGAGAUCCCGGUCCGAGAGUGACGCCUCCUACGUUGAGAAGGACAGCUUCAUCGAGCCCUAUGCCACCACCUCAGAGCUGAGGCUGCGGCAGAGUUGGCAGAAUGAGCCAAAAAGAGCUUCCUUCGUGCCCUUUGAGACUGUAGGCUGCGUGGAGGUCGGGCAUGCUGGGACACAGGAGCUGACCAGCUCCAGACAGUCAGAGUGCCACUCCUGGAAGGAUUUGGGAGAUGCCAGAGAUGCCUAUGCCCUGCCGCACAGGAAUCAGGUACCGUCGUUGUUGUCAUCACAAAAGAUGGUGAGAGGUGACACUUCUGAGCAAGAUGGCUUUGCAGACUCCUUCUUCUUCUCCUCCUCCUCCUCCUCGCAGCGUCCUCAACGCAGAGAUGGUAAAUACUCUGUUCUGAAUCUAGAGGAUGAGAAAGCGCCACUGCGAGAAAAGCCGCCUCCCUCCCCAGAUGUCGCGGGUAGAGUACACCAAAGGUACACAGAAAUAAGCAAAGGCAAGUUGGAGGAGCUAAGAGAAGAAGCCUUGCAUCUGCGCGCCGCAAACCAGUCCCUCAGCCUCGAGCUGAGCACGACCAGACGGGCAAUGCAGGAGCUGCAGCUGAGGCUCCAGGUGGUGGAAAAAGACAACAGGAGGCUGAAGGAGGCGGAAAAGGCGUCCACCCAGGAAGCAGUCAGGCCUGAAUUACUUUCCCUGAGGAAGCAAGGCCAAGACUUGAUGGAUGAAAACGAGGGGCUGAAGAUGAUUGUCCACCGCCUGAACGUAGAACUCAGUCGCUACCAAACAAAAUUCAGGCAUUUGUCUGAGGAAGAGCUUUCCCAUACCGAAGGCCUCCCGUCAGAGGGUCCCAUACCUCCCUGGUUGCUGGAUGUCAGGUAUCUCUCACCACUGCUGCUGGCUUAUGAGGACAGAAUGAAAGAGAAGGAUGAACUCCUCGCCACCCUGGAGGAGGAAAUGAAAACCUUUAGGAUGCGAGUCCAGGAAGUGGUGAAAGAAAAUGAAGGAUUGCACCACCAGUUAAAUAAGAGUAGCCCUGUCGCCAGCGAGGAAUGGAAGCAGCUUCAGGCCCAGGCAGAGCUGGUUCUGGAUGAAAACAAGCUGUUGAUGGAGCAGUUGGAGAUUCAGCAAACAAAAGCCAGGGACACCCACCAGGAGCACCUCCAAGAAGUGUCUAAGCUGACCAAACAACUUGUGCUCCUGGAGGCGAAGACGCAGGACCAGGAAAAGCAGCUGACGGACAGCAAGGAGCAGCUGGGGAGCUUGCAGGCCAGAUGCCGAGAACUCAAGGCACAGCUGGACAGCAAGAUCGCCGUGGAUGUUCAUACGUCAAUUGUCAAUGAGCUGAAAAGCCAGUUGCAAAAGGAAGAAGAGAAGGACAGCGCCGAGAUGGAGGAGCUGCUGGGAAAGCUGACCGCCCUACAGGUGCAGAGCAGGAGUCUGCAGCUGGAGAAGAGCAGCUGGGCCAGCAGGAGCAGAGCUUUGGAGGCUGAGCUGGAGCGCAUGCGCAAGGCUAACAGGCGAUACCAAAAGAAAAUUGAUGUUCUCAGAAAGCAAGUGGAGAAAGCCAUGGGGAAGGAGCUAUCUGCACACCAGUACCUAGCGAACCUGGUGGGCUUGGCAGAGAAUGUCACCAAGGAACGGGACAGUCUUAAGUAUCUGGCUCAGUGUCUGGAAAGCGAGAAGCACGGAGUCCUCAACAGAAUCCUGAAAGGCAACAUCCGCCUGGGAAAGCUGGAGGAGAGGGUGAAGGGGUACAAGAAACAGGCGGCCCUGAAGCUGGGGGACAUCCACCACCGCCUGCUGGAGCAGCAGGAGGACUUUGCUGGCAAAGCAGCUCAGUACCAGCAGGAGAUGCGGCACCUGCAGCAGGUGCUGCGGGAAAAGCAAGAGGUCCUGGACGAGGCGCUGCAGCAGAAGAGAGAAAUGGAAGGUGAGCUUGAGAUGGUUCUGGAGUCCACUGCCAAGGAGAACCGAAGGAUGCGAGGCCUUCUCCAGGCCACCCUGGAGAGGGGAGGCCCCCAGCACACCAGAGCUCGGGAGGACGCUGGCUUUGGUGGCCUCACCCAGGGAGACCUGCUGGUUGGCCGUGAUUUCAGCUACGGUGACACGCAGCCUCCUGCUACCAUUGCCCGCCAGACUUUGGGGGAGUCUGUGGCCUAGACCUCCCCGACUGAGGUGACUUCCCCAAAGCUGGUGGGUGACUCCCCCCCCCCCCAGGGCGGAUGUGACAAGGAAGCCUGGGGGAGCCACUGAGUGUCACAGGCGAGAAAGAAAUAAACCAGCCCCAGGCGCCAAA